UCUCCUUUCUAUAAACAUCCACAAAUAUACCAACUCUUUUCAUUUCCUUCCAUCUCUCUCUCUCUCUCUCUCUCUCUCCUCCGGCGACGACUCUCAAUUAUCGGUCAAAUUUUUCGCCGGAACCUCAACACGUCUCUUGUUGCUUCCCCAAAGUCUUCUCAAUCAAUCGAUCCAAACGCCGCAUACAACCAUGAACCCUGAAUAUGAUUAUUUGUUUAAGCUUUUGCUCAUUGGAGAUUCUGGUGUUGGAAAAUCAUGUUUGCUUCUGAGGUUUGCUGAUGAUUCAUAUCUGGAUAGCUACAUCAGCACCAUUGGAGUUGACUUUAAAAUCCGGACAGUUGAACAAGACGGGAAAACCAUCAAGCUUCAAAUUUGGGACACUGCAGGCCAAGAACGUUUUAGGACAAUCACUAGCAGCUACUACCGUGGAGCUCAUGGCAUCAUUGUUGUAUAUGAUGUCACCGACCAAGAAAGCUUCAACAAUGUCAAGCAAUGGUUGAACGAAAUUGACCGCUAUGCCAGUGAAAAUGUGAACAAGCUUCUAGUCGGGAACAAAUGUGACCUUACAUCCCAAAAAGUUGUAUCCUAUGAGACUGCUAAGGCAUUUGCGGAUGAAAUUGGAAUACCCUUCAUGGAAACCAGUGCCAAAAAUGCCACAAAUGUUGAGCAGGCUUUCAUGGCCAUGGCUGCAGAGAUCAAGAAUAGGAUGGCAAGUCAACCAGCCAUGAAUGCCAGGCCGCCAACAGUGCAAAUUCGUGGACAACCUGUCAACCAAAAGAGUGGCUGCUGCUCCUCGUAAAGUGGAUUAGUGUUUGUGGGCCAUGACAUUUAUAUGCGUUCUUUGUGGGAUGUAAAACUAGUUAUAUUUCUUACUGGUUUGGCCAGAAGGAGUAUUGUGAUUUGCUCAUGUCAGAUAUGUCAUCUCUUUGCUAAAAAUUUUAUUCUUUUCAAUGUAUUUCAUUCUUAAAAACAUUAAGCAUUUCUAUAAAGUAGGAAUAUCCGUUAAUAGCAUUAUUUGAUU